GGUUCGGUGCCUUGCUCAAGUGUCCCUCAUUCGUGGUGUUGAAGGUGGGAGAGAGCGCUAAAGCACUUGAAUACGACAAGUUCGUAAUCACGACUUCAUAAGUGGGAAAUAGGAAAUUUCCGAUAGCAGGUGAAGGCAGCAUUAGCACAGGCGAAAGAGCACUUCACUGUAUUCCCUGAUGAGAAUGCGCAAUGGACGAUAAAAGACACCUGUUUUUUUUUUCAUGUGGACCUGGAUUCAUUAAUUAAGACAAUGUUCCUGCUUCUGUUUCUGCUGUCAUGCUUGACAGUCGUUAGUGCAGGUUCUCACUCACUGAUGGCUUUUGCAACAUAUAUAGUUGGACAAACACAAUUUCCUGAGUUCAGUGUUGUGCUGAUGUUGGAUGAUGUGCAAAUGUUAUAUUAUAACUCAACCGCAUGGAAAGUUGUCCUUCGUUCUCACAGAGAUUCAAAAGACUAUGAUGAAGAGCAAAGGGAUGCUGGUGCCGUAUUUGAUGACAUGUAUAACAGCAUGAGAGAUCGAGCAUUUUUUCUUAAUAAUCACCUAAAUCACACAGAUGGUGCAAAUGGUGUACAUGUUCAUCAAAGACUUGCUGGAUGUGAAUUGUUGAUCAAUGAUAAACCAGGUCUGCUGCAGACAUGGGAUGCCUUCGAUGGACAAAAUGUGGAGGAGUUCACCUUUGACAGUGAAAAAAAUUAUAUCCAGAUGAAAAAGCCAUGGAUGACAAUGUGGAACCAAGUGAAACAUCUUCGUAUAAAGUAUAUGUAUGAACAUGUUUAUCAUCCUGUUUGCAUGAAAACCUUGCGGAGGUACCUGGAAAUGGAAAAGAAAAAUGUGAUGAGAAAAGUGAAACCCAGAGUCAGACUCAUUAAGAAGACGCUCUCAGACUCUCAAGGGCUUCAGAUCAGCUGUCUGGCCACUGGUUUUUACCCCCGUCACAUUAACCUGACCCUGUUCAGAGAUGGUCAGCCUGUGGAUGAUGAUCAGAUCACAGGAGGAGAGAUUCUGCCCAACGGAGAUGGAACGUACCAGAUGAGGAAGAGUUUGGUGAUCAGUGAAGAAGAGCUACGUGAGGAACAUAAAUACAACUGCACAAUGAAGCACCUCAAUCUGGACAACAAACUGGACAUUAUUUUUGAUGUGGCUGAGUCUGACCCAGGAUCAUUUACGCAGUCUGUAGUUUUCAGUGUGCUGGUGUUCAUGUGUGUGGUUGUUCUCAUAACUGCACUCAUCAUAUGGAGGAAGAGACGUGCUGGACAAGGAUCUGUGUCACAGGUUAAUUACUCCCCUACUCCAUCUUCUGUGCAAGAUGAAUAACCGAAUAUCAAACCUCUGGAGUAAGAUGUGUCCCCACCCAGAAGUCCCAAAUCGGCAUGCUGUUACAAGUGUUGUUAUUUUUUAUUUAAUACUUUUUGCAAUUCAGGAGGUUAUUAUUCAGCAAUUAAGAUGCACAUCUUAGACAUGCUUGCAGACCAGGACUGGACUUGGACAAAAAAAUCAGCCCUGGCAUUUUUGGUCCAAGCGGCCCACCACUAUGAAAUAAAUGUGUAUAUAUAAAAUACAACAUUAGGAAGAUCAGGACCUUUCUUUCGGAACAUCCCAGCUAGAAAUUUUUUGUUCUAAAAAUGUUCUAAGAACAUUACCAUGCAUUGUUCUAGCAAUGUUUUUAGCGGGUAGUUUUAUUUUUGUUCCCAGAACGUUCUGCUAUAAGAUAGGAAAACAUUCUCUUCAAACAUUCUAAAAAUGUUUAGCGAUAACAUUGUUAGAACAUCAUUCCCUAACAUUCUUACAAUAUUUUUAGCGGGUAGUUUAAUUUUUGUUCCCAGAAUGUUCUCUCAAAAGAUAGGAUAACAUUCUCUAAAAACAUUCUAAAAAUGUUUAGUGACAACAUUGUUAAAACAGUAUUCCGUAACAUUCUUAUAAAGUUUUUAGCGGGUAGUUUUAUUUUUGUUCC